AUAAACGCAAUGGAUUAACACAAAUUUGUCGGGUCAUCAUUUCGUGUUCUCAACUAUUCUCAGUCGACCUUUGACCUUUGACCCAGCAAGCAAGUUUCGUCGGCACACAAUCCAACUCCAACACAGGAAACGCAAGGGUAGCACGUCCAUCAUAAUACAGCAGUAGCAUUCAGAUAAGAGAUUGACAGAGACAGCGACAAUGGAUAACUCUGCCACAAUUAUUAAUAGUCAUGCCAAUGGCUGGAUAAGAAGAGUGAGAAGCGCUUUUUGUGUGGUGACGGUUAUUCUUGGCUUUGCCUUGUUUCUAUCGGAUUACGAAACGAUCACUCUCUACCGUUAUCCAAGAGCAACGGCUGAAGGAGGAGAUGCCAAUACGAUUACCAAGAAUCCCAUUGAUAGCACUACUAGCAAUGCUACCGCUUCUAUUGAUAUUGAUCUUAAUAGUGGCACCGGUAGUGUAAGCACGUCUAGGGAAGCUCAAGCUACCGAUAUCGGUGUGAACUUUCAAGCCGAAAACAAAGCCUUAGUCACGGAUGAUUCCAACAAGGAAGGGACUCCUAAGAGUACUGAUGCUAGUACAACGGCAACAACAACAGCAGCAUCUCCCCAUGGCCCUACUACAAUCGGCAACGCACCAGCCAAGAAAACCAGUCGCGCCGUUCCGCUUUCGAAAGUACUAAAACGCUCAGUUGCUCCUGCAUCCAAGCCAACAAAAGGUCCCACAGUUGCUCCAUCAUCACCUCCCACGCCCGUCCCCACCAAAGCUCCGAGUACGAGCAGUGGGAAGUCCACAACCAAAUCGCAACAAGUUACACAAGAUCAGGAACAACCACGGUAUCUGAUACACGCCAGCCACGGAGGUUGGUCCAAUCAAGUACGCUGCAUUCGCCAUGCCUACUACAUGGCCGCGGCGACGGGACGGAUACUCGUGACGGCACCCGUCUUGCCGCACAUUACCCCCAUUGGAGCACAGCUUUGGGCACCACCGGGACGAUUCCUAGGACACGGCGUCAUUAGUGGAGAUUUCAAUUUGAAGUUUGCACUCCACAAAGCCUACCUCAAACGAUGGCAACCCUACCUUGACAUGGCGACCGUCCUCGAUUUGAAAUUCACGUUUCCGCAUGUUCAAACCAUGGACUAUCGCAAGUUUCGCGAACAGUAUUACGACACUCGCGGUCAACCCAAAACCAACCUCACCGCCAACUCGUGGGUCAUGGAAGAUACCUACACCCAUGCCAAUACGCGAUGGAUUCGAGAAGAUCUAGAACCCAACAUUACACACGGGGCGCCGGUUCCGGGAGCAAAGCACACGUAUUACCGCGAUUUGCCGACACUGGCCGAAGGACGCAAGGCACAUUCCGUCUGGACCAUGCUCGAUACAUUCUACGGCCAGUUUCUGCCGUCGGCGUACAAUCACGAACUAUCCUGGAUGCGAUUCUCCAACCCAAUUCGACAAACGGCCAAAACCAUUCACGAGCAAGAAUGGGACGACAUUCCCUACGCAUCCAUUCAUUUACGAGUGGGAGAUGAUCGCUUUCUCCGUCAAGCCAAUGCGACCAUCCAAGAGGUGCUGAAGGAGACAUACGUGCAAAUGCAACAAUGGAUCGAUCGUCGCAAGUCCAAAAAGAAAACCAUUCCAGCCACUAUUGGAUUCUUUGUCGCCACCGAUGCAUCACCCGAAGGACAACAAGACUUUGCGGAACGACUUCAACGACAACUCGCACCGCUAUUGCCCGAUAUCCGCGUCUUUUUUGCAUCCUCGUAUGCCGCGUACGUUACCAAACAACUCAAACAAGAACUCGUCUAUCCGGAAAUAUUUUUGGAUCAACAGUUGGCGGCAUGUGCGACCAUUCGGUUCAUUGCCUCCAAGAAAUCCACAUUUUCGCAACUCAUUCAUGCCAUUCGAAGGUCUCCGUCGGCAUGUGGGGCCGUCAACCAAUAGCUAGCUAGCUGUACUACUGCACACUAGAGGAAGGUGUCCGUGGGAAUGGAUGGAUGGGUGCAUCGGAAGACUUUCAGUGUAGGGGGGCCGGGAGGGCAAUGCAAUAAUAGCUUGGCAUUCAACCAAUUCAAUGAUUCUACCGUAUGCAAUUUCAAUCAAUCACCUAUUAGACCUUCACAGAUUUUACCCUACUAGUAGACAGCGGUAGCAUUCAAGGAUUGGCUGGCUAUUGGAGUAGUGCGCGGUGCGUGGAUGCGUUCAUGCCGUGGGUGGGUUGGCAUUUGGCUGAUGGGCCACGGACCAAAGUACGACUGCUAUGAGAGCAAUGAUGCAAUUAAAUUUUUAAAAUUAAAGUGGUCAGCAUAGAGACGGUAUUGUAGAGUCGCGUGAAUUUGGUGCCAUUUCCUUGGUGCAGUGCUCCUAAAGAAGAAUGGCACCUUCCACGUCAGUUGAAGUUGUUAAGUCCUUAGAAGAACCUAGUGUUCUUAAGUAUUUAAUGAGUAGCCAAUUAUUUAACCAGUGAGAGACUCAAAGACUUAAAGCAAAUGUACCAAGUGUGUUUUUUGUGGGAGACGCAGAGAAACCAGC